GCAGUUUGGCCCGGAAGCAGCCGGCGGCCCGGCCGGUGGGAGCCGCGCGCUGGUGUUGCCGUAGCGGCGGGGAGGAUGCGGCGCGCCGGGAUGGCUCGUACGGAGUGAGGCAAAGCCCGAACCUCCCACCCCCGGCUCCGCUCUGGCUUCAGGCCCCUUCUCUCUGCGCUGCGGCGGGCGGAGGCGGCGCAAGGAGAAGCCCAUGGAGGGGAACCGGGACGAGGCGGAGAAAUGCAUCGAGAUCGCCCGGGAGGCGUUGGAGGCCGCCAACCGCGACCGGGCGCUGCGCUUUCUCCACAAGGCCCAGAAGCUUUACCCGACUGAGACCGCCCGAGUUUUGUUGGAAGCAAUUAUGAAGAAUGGAAGUGCUGCUGGGAGUGCUCCGUACUGCCAAAAGCCAGCAAAUGGCAAAGAUCAAAGUAAGCCCAGUAGCACAAAGGACAGCAAUGCAUCUGCUGCAGGUGAAAGUGGAAAAGGCUACACCAAAGAUCAAGUGGAAGGAGUACUCAGCAUAAAGAAAAGUAAAAAUUAUUAUGAAGUACUUGGAGUGUCAAAAGAUGCAGGUGAAGAAGACUUGAAGAAGGCUUACCGAAAGCUUGCUUUGAAAUUUCAUCCAGACAAAAACCACGCACCUGGAGCAACAGAUGCUUUUAAAAAGAUUGGAAACGCAUAUGCUGUGCUGAGCAAUCCAGAAAAACGAAAGCAAUAUGACCUUACAGGCAGUGAAGAGCAGGCAUGCAAUCAACCUGGAAAUGGUAGAUUUAAUUUCCACAGAGGCUGUGAGGCUGAUAUUACUCCAGAGGAUUUAUUCAAUAUGUUCUUCGGAGGAGCGUUUCCAUCAGGUAGUGUACAUUCAUUUUCUAAUGGUCGAGCUGGCUACAGUCAUCCUAAUCAACACCGUCAUAGUGGACAUGAGAGAGAAGAGGAGAGGGGUGAUGGAGGCUUCUCUAUGUUCAUCCAGCUGAUGCCUAUUAUUGUAUUGAUACUUGUCUCUUUGUUGAGCCAGUUGAUGGUUUCUAAUCCUCCUUAUGCCUUAUACCCAAGAUCUGGUACAGGGCAGACCAUCAAAAUGAAAACAGAAAACCUGGGUGUCAUUUAUUAUGUCAACAAGGAUUUCAGAAAUGAAUACAAAGGAGUGUCAUUACAGAAGGUGGAAAAGAAUGUAGAAGAGGACUACGUGUCUAACAUUCGAAAUAACUGUUGGAAGGAGAGGCAGCAAAAAACAGAUUUGCUGUACGCAGCAAAAGUAUACCGAGAUGAUCGCCUCCGAAUGAAAGCAGACUCCUUGCCAAUGGACAACUGCAAAGAACUAGAAAGGCUGACCAGUAUCUAUCGAGGAGGAUGAACUAGAAUUUUAGCUGUGCAUCCUUAAGUACGCUAUUAUAUCUCUCCUGUCAAGUGAGAAGAGAUUUAGUUUCAUCCUGAAAGCUGAAAAGAGGGUGGACGUAAAACUCUACUGUGUAGCUGUUUCCAGAAUCCUUCUGAUGAAAUUUCAUUUAAUGGCUUCUUUACCUACUAUGAAAUAUAGAACAAAGUCAGUUUACAUAUUUUAAUUGUUUAGAUUUUAUUUCAAAGGCUUCCGUGAAUUCUUUCAGCAGAGAGAGUAGCUCAGAAAGGAUGCCACACUUGUAGAGACUUAGUCAUAGUGGUUCUCCUCUAACACAUUUGUCAUGUAAAUAUCUAUGGAAAGAACACUGUGUAUAUACAAGUUAAAUGACUUUUUAUUUAAAAUCUCAGAAAUUUAGCUCCAUAAAAUAUUUUGUUUCACUGAUGAAAUAAAUAGUAUGACUACAUCACUCCUUAUUCAGAUGUCAAGUGUGAGUAGUUUAAACAAAAAAGUUUAAAGACUUUAUCUGUAACUGUAUGUACAAUCUUCAGGUUUUACCAGCUUAGAAGAACUUGAUAUUUUAAAAAUAUAGCAGUAUAUACUCCUAAAUAUAUGUUGGGAUAAAUUGAUUUGGCUUAGAGUAGCAGUUAGCUGUUGUUUUUAAGAAUUUCUGACCAAUACUAAGAAAACCAAGAGCUUCACUAAUCUCUUUCAAAAGUAAAUAUUUGUAAAGUGUUGUAUAGAAGUUAUGAAUGUUGCUUUUAGGACUUGGAGUAAUUUACAGCAACUCUGCCCUUUGGUUUUUCAGUAGUAUACAAGUCCAUAAGCAUGUUGAACAUGCAUUCCCAGGUUCCUUAUUUUUCACUGAAAAGGUAGAAGGAAAACCUGCAAUAGUAAUUAGAGUUUAAAAAAAAAGAAAAAAACAAUAUGUUUCCUCUCGGGUGAUUUGCAGUUUCUCAUUUCACGCUAGUAUCCUGAAACUAAUUCCCUUUCACUCAUCACAAGUGGAACAGGAAAAUCACUGCUCAAGUCAAGAUUUGUGCCUUUUAACACUUCUGACAACUAACUAUUAAAUGCUUAGCUGGUUUGUAAUAUUCUGCUGUGAUCAGAGCCCCACAGAUUUGAUCAAGUACAGGAACAAGAGGAAGUUACAAGAGAGAAAGUUGUUUCAGUCCACAGUGUUGCUGGAUGGACUUCCUAUAGAUGAGAAAACAUACCAUUUAAUUAUUACAUAGAAUGAAGUAUAAUUUAAUUCCAUGGACUGAACAUGUAAGUUAUAUGUAUCCUCACAUGGUGUCACAAAGUAAGGGACAUUUUGAAACAGCUGGAUACAGGGUGUAUGCUGCCUAUAGAAAUAAAUAAGUGCUUUGAGUGUAAUAGGUGAAAUUUCAGUAUUGUACUGUUUGUCAACACAACAUAGCAAAAUAUUGUGUGUUUCAUAUGCGAAUUCUGGCUGUUUGGUAAUAAGGGCAGUACAUUGUUAGAGAAUUUCUCUCUUUAAAUUUAUCAAAUUGCGAGAAGACAAAUUCUACUCUCAGGUUAUAACAGUGUAACUACUUGAACUGAAGUCACUGCCCUGUUCACUUCAUUGGGCUUACAUUAGAUUUACACUGGUGUACUUUAUGAGCAUAGUUAAUCCUUAGAGCCACAUCAAAUGCUGCUAAUUUGAGUGGCCCUUAAGCCUUUUGUGUGUACCUUUUCUGAAGUGUCUCACUGGAAAUGCCCAAUAUUGUAUAUGGUUGUGUAACAUGGAACAGGCUGGCUAGUGACGUAAAAAGCUAAUAGCUAAACCAAGUUGGUCUUUUGAAAGAAGUAGUCUUCAUAGUACAAAUCAAAGGUGAACUUCAAAGCGAAGAGCUGAAAACUGAAAUGAAGCAGGGUUUCUGUGCUGAAUGUCCCCACUAACCAGGUUUUGGGGCAAGGAGAGAGGAAUGAUGUAUCAUCGCAUUCAUCUGUUUAUUUUAGAGAUCAUCCAACUGUUUGCAGUUUUCCUUAGAAGUAAAGCAAGCAAGCAAAUGUGGAUUCCCUCAAUUCUAAAAGUAUCCUGAAAGCAUCAUAAAUAUGCUAAUUUGGACAUCAAAAUAACAAAGAACUUGUCAAAUUCUCUAUAUUGUCUUAGUAGAGGAAUUUUUUCAAUGGUCUUGAACAAAUGCACUGGCCUCCUGUUUCAUAGAUACACCUGUAUGCUUGUGGGUGCCAUUUUUUCAGUGAACACAAAGGGAAAUGAUUUCAUAGUGUGUUUAUAAAAUACUGGGGCUGUGAAACCACAGUUAAGAAAUGUGUUUAAUAAAGCUGCUUACAAUAAAGAUAUAAUUACUGCACAGUUAGAACUAGGUUGCUACAUUCCAUUGAAUUAUAAAUUAUUAGAAAAAUAAUUACCUUUCUAAGAAUAUUCUGUUUAAAAAACAUGUUUUGAUUGGUUGAAAAUUGCUGCUUAACACUUGCUAGAUUAAGUAUUUGCAGUCUCUCUUACUGAGACCAGGGUAUGAGGACUGGGGAAGUAUGGGUAUUACUUCCCAUAUCUGCCUACCUUAAAGGUGAUCUGGAAGGAUUCUUUUAAAGUUGCACAGAACCUGAAUUUCUCAACCAAAAAACAAGAUGAGAAAAAUCAUUUAACAAAACAGAUCCUUGUAGGCCAACUUGAUAUGUAAUAAAGAAGCAAAACCAAGCCCAUUUAUUUCCUUUGCAAAAGUGACCUUUAAAAAAAAAUCCUCACAAAACAUUUCUGUUUUAGUCAGUUGAGAACCCUGAUUUGUUACCAGUUUAAGGUAAUAUAUAUUUUGCACAUUUGGUAAACAUUUCUGUGGAUGUUCUGUUUGAUUAACUAAAACCAAACUUAAAAGUGAAUUUAGGACUUUUAAAAAAACUUAUUUUUAAGAUUAAAAAGACAAAGUUUAUAGCCAUUAAAAUAUAGUUAGCACUUUAUUUUAAAGUGACAGAGUCAACUUAAAAACUUCCCUCUGGAAAUCUUUGACCUAUUAUUGUUACAAGUAACAAGUAAGAGUGCUAUUAUUGAUAGAUUGAAGAGGAAAAACAGUAUCUAUUUUUCAAGAUUAUUUUGUAGUAGUUUCACUGACUGACUCACUAUUCAAGGGAGUCAGUGUCCUCUGUGUGGAUCUUUCACACAGCAACAAGCAGAGGAAUACAUGGGAAAAUGCGAUAGUAAAACCAAAAACUGACAAGGGAACUCAAAGGUAGGCAUCAUUACCUGAAACUUUCACCCUUUUUAUUUAAUUCACCAAAGUGAUCAUAAGAACGGCCAUACUGGGUCAGACCAAAGGUCCAUCUAGCCCAGUAUCCUGUCUUCCUACAGUGGCCAAUGCCAGCUGCCCCAGAGAGAAUAAUCAGAAUAAUCAUCAAGUGAUCCAUCCCGUUGUCCAUUCCCAACUUCUGGCAAACAGAGGGUAGGGAAACCAUCCCUAGCCAUCCCGGCUAAUGGCCACUGAUGGACCUAUCCUUGAUGAACAUAUCUAGUUCUUGUUUGAACUCUGUUGUUGUCUUGGCCUUCACAACAUCCUCUGGCAAAGAGUUCCACAGGUUGACUGUGCGUUGUGUGAAGAAAUACUUCCCUUUGUUUGUUUUAAAUCUGCCUGUUUAAUUUCAUUGAAUGACCCUUAGUCCUUGUGUUAUGAGGAGAAGUAAAUAACACUUCCAUAUUUACUUUCUCCACACCAGUUAUGAUUUUAUAGACCUCUAUCCUAUCCCAUUAGUCAUCUCUUUUCCAAGCUGAAAAGUCCCAGUCUUAUUAAUCUUUCCUCAUAUGGAAGCUGUUCCACACCCCUAAUCAUUUUUGUUGCUCUUUUAUGUAGCUUUUCUAAUUCUAAUAUAUCUUUCUUGAGAUGGGGCAAUCAGAUCUGCAUGCAGUAAUCAAGAUGUGGGCAUGCCAGAGUUUUAUAUAGAAGCAAUAUGAUACUUUGUCUUAUUAUCUAUCCCUUUCCUAAUGAUUCCCAACAUUGUUAGCUUUUUUGCUUGCUGCUGCACAUUGAGUGGAUGUUUUCAGAGAACUAUCCACAAUGACUCCAAGAUCUCUCUUUUGAGUGGUAACAGCUAAUAUAGACCCCAUCAUUUUAUAUGUUGAGAUUACAUUUUCUAAUGUGCAUUACUUUGCAUUUAUCAACACUGAAUUUCAUCUGCCAUGUUGUUGUCCAGUCACCCACUUUUGUGAGAUCCCUUUGUAACCCUUGUAACUCUUUGGAAUUAACUAUCUUGAGUAGUUUUGUAUCAUCUGCAAAUUUUGUCACCUCACUAUUUAUCCCUUUUUCUGGAUCAUUUAUUAACAUUGAAUAGGACCAGGCCCAAUACAGGCCCCUGGGAGACACCACUAUUUACCGCUCUCCAUUCUGGAAACUCACUAUUUAUUCCUACCCUUUGUUCCCUAUCUUUUAACCAGUUACCAGUCAAUGAGAGGACCUUCCCUCUUAUCCAAUGACAGUUUACCUUGCUUAAGAGCCUGCACUGCAGCCUUCUCAGCUUCUUUUUCAAAGAGAACAAACAUCACAUUCCAUAGAUAUAUUGUAGGUGUGAUCAAACUAUUUCAUUUAAACCCCCUAUUUUCCUGUCCCUUUUAGUACUUGUAGUGUCACUCUAGCAGAAACCAGGAAAUGUGGAGCUCAGAUUUCUCAGGCCCUUGGAAGUAAUUUUGCUGAAGAUACAGUGCUUAAUAACAAUUUUACAUAGCCAAAUACUUUUUCCCCUCUUAGGAUCUGAGUUUGCAAGCAGACUUCUGUAUACAAAUACCGUGAAGCUACUUUCAUUGAAAUCAAUAGCAAAAUUCCAUUUAAAUGAAAUCAGUGGCAAACAUACCAUUUAUUAAAUACAAUACAGUAUAAUUUAAUUCCAUGAACUGAGUAUGUAUGUUAUAUGUAUCCAUGCUGACAAAUUAAGGGACUUUCUGAAGCUGUGGGAUACAGGGUACAUGAUCCCUGUAGAAAGAGUGAGAGUGUGUUGAGUUAAGUAGGUGACAGUGAUGCAGUUGCUCUUUGGGGACUUUCAGUAGGGCUCAGUGUGUGUGGUGGGGGGAAGGGGGAAACAAGUGGAAUUAACCAAUUGCAGGAUCAGGCUCAUAGCCCUUAGCAAAGCCAUUGCAUUUUACUUUUAAAUCAUUCUUGGUGUACAGUAAGGAACAAUGUAAUCUUAAACCUCUGUUUACCAUUCACAUUUCCCGCCCCUCAUGAAGCCCUUUUAAUUAUACCAGAAGCUCCCAUGAUCUGUUAAUGAGGCCGUUGAUUGCAGUUGAAGAUUUUACAUGGAUCUUAUUUCAUUGGGAAUCUCUUUAGGAGUUACCUUAGAAGCACCAAAUCCAUUAUCAUAUCCUAUGUUCCUAUUAUUAUUUUUGGUAGGAGAUGGUGCGUCCUCAACUUUCAUAAAAACUAAUUGCCCUUUUCAUAUUUUGCAAGAAUGAUUUGUUUCUCUUUAUGCCUGACCUGUUGGUUGGUUUGUUUUUAACACAAGGCCAAAUGUUCAAAAGUAUUCAGAAUUCGUUGUGGAGCUGGAUUUUUCAAAAGCGCUUAGCUCCUAUUUAGGCACUUAAAGCAGUCAGAUUUUCAAAAGUUCCCAGCAGCUCCUAUUUAGUACAACAUGAGCUGUUGGGUGCUGAGCUCGUUUGAAAAUCUGCCCCUGUGGCCUUGGGGGGUUGAAAUUGUUCUUUAUGUUACAAGCAUCUGAACAAGCAAAAUACUGAAUAUUUAGAACCACUAUUUGUAUGUUAUAAAAAUACAGGCAAUCUUGCAUUAUGUGACACCAUAUUCAAAAGGGGAAAUGAAGUUAUGUUAAUACAUAUAUAGUGUCAUGCAGAUCCAUUGUCAUAUAAUCCAUGCACAUGCAAAUACUAAUAUAUGCAUACACAUAUAUAUCUAUCAAAAUGCAUUUACAGGAAAUGGGCCUCAAUGGGGAGGAGCAAGUAAGUCAUGAACUCUCUUUACAAGGUCUCUGAACAUUUGUCUUUCACCUUCUACUGUUACCUUUGAGAGUAACGUUGUUGGCAUUCAGUUAAAAAAUUUUUUUUUGAAUCCAUUUUGUUUUUGAGGUAUUAACCAUCGUAGCAGAAACAUUUAUAAUCUGAAAAUGGGUAAAAUUCCCACAAUGCUUGAUUAUUGUUAAUUGACAGGCUUUCAAUUUUGAUCUUUCAGAAUCUUCACCUUUUUUCCUAACCGAGUCAGCCUACCACUUGAACUGUGUGGAUUGUAAUCCACUGAGUAACCACGUGGUAAAUUUAGGUUCGUGAUAAUGAACCAACACAAGAGUCCCUUUCGUCCAUUAAAUCUGCAUGAGCCAUGGAGAUAGAGGAAUGAAUGAACACAGUGAUCAGCAUGUCCAGUUUUGGGCAUUUAACAGAACAGAUGGCUGCAUCUACAUGUCUAAUCCCAUUAGUUUCAGCUGUAGAAGGCGGGAGGGGGGGAACUGAUAAGAAAAACUUGGAGAAGGAAAAAGAAACCCAUCCUUUAACCUUCAUGCAGGUGUGUUUAAGGGAAAGUAGAUGGAAUGAGGCCUCUUGGUAUAAUCUUUUGGAUGAUUUUGUAAUCUUGAAGGAAAGCUUCAGGUUUCAGGCUCCCUUUUCAGUUUGGUUACUCACUAUUAAAGAUAUGAAUUUUUUCCAAUGUAUUUAAAUAAUUUCCUUUUUAAGCAUGUUGAACAGAAACCUAAAUAUUCCUUAUAUUAAGGGUUAUGUGAAAUGUGGUUUUUAAAGUUUCUUUGCAUGUAUAAUUUCCCUGACAAGUACAUGAUUCCUUUUCACUCAAUACCAAGGUUUGCUGGUCUUGGGACCACUAGACUUGUGAAUUCUGUGUGUGCAUAUGUGUAUGGGUGUAUAUAUUUCUUUUCCAGCUAAUACCUCAAACUUGUGAUAGUUUAAUAUUGUGCUACUGUAAGUUUGCACAGAGCAGAGCUUCCAUUAGGAAUUAAAAUUAUCCAUCCAA